AUGUCCGGCAUCCUUGAGCAGCUCCCGCUGCCGACGAUCGAUCGUCCUUUUGGCGUCCACCUAUGGCCUAUUUUCAGCAAGGCCUGGGAGGUCGUUGUUGGCUAUCCCGCCGAGGAGUUCAAAUUUGUCCCCUUUGAGACUCCCAUGUCGACCCUAAAGUCGACCUCUAUCUUCAUCGUCAUCUACUACAUGAUCAUCUUUGGUGGCCGUGAGUUGAUGCGCAAUCGUGAGCCAUUCAAGCUCAAGUCUCUCUUCCUCAUCCACAACUUCUACCUCACCGCUAUCAGCGGUAUCCUCCUGGUCCUCUUUAUUGAGCAGCUUGUUCCCGAGCUCUACAAGAAUGGUGUUUUCCACGCCAUCUGCCACCACGAUGGUGGAUGGACCCAGCCCAUGGUUGUCCUGUAUUACCUCAACUACUUGACCAAGUAUCUCGAGCUCCUGGACACCGUUUUCCUGUUCCUGAAGAAGAAGCCCUUGACUUUCCUCCACUGCUAUCACCACGGCGCCACUGCUCUGCUCUGCUACACCCAGCUGAUUGGUUCAACCUCUGUUUCUUGGGUUCCCAUCACCCUUAACCUGACUGUCCACGUCGUCAUGUACUGGUACUACUUCCAGAGUGCUCGUGGCAUCCGAAUUUGGUGGAAGGAGUGGGUCACUCGUCUCCAGAUCAUCCAGUUCAUUAUUGAUCUUGGAUUCGUCUACUUUGCCUCGUACACGUACUUCACCUCGACGUAUUUCCCCUGGAUGCCCAAUGCUGGCAAGUGCGCCGGCGAGGAGUUUGCAGCUUUCUCCGGUAUCGCCAUCCUCAGCUCCUACCUGGUCCUCUUCAUCUCCUUCUACUUUGCCACCUACAAGAAGGGUGGCAAGAGCACCACUCGCAAGUCUCUGCGCCGCAUGUCUCAGGCUCCUCUUCCCGAUCCUCUGCACGUCCAGGCUGCCGUUGCCGCCAACGGCAAGGGCAACGGUCACACGAAUGGUGCUACCACGACCGGAGCUAAGACCAACGGCGUCACCACUCGCUCUCGCAAAGCCUAA